GACUAUGGUGGAAGGCUGGUAAAGAUGGCUGCUCUCUCCGAGGAUGGGAGGUACGGACUAAAUUGCGGCCAACGGAAUGCCGACAGAAUCACAGUAUUGCAUGUAAAACUGACAGAGACAGCCAUACGAGCGCUAGAAAACUACCAGAACUGUAAGAAUAAUGUACCGUCCUUGCAGCCAAAAAUACAAUUCCAGGGACUUCAAGGGCGCAUUAACAUCCCAAGGACAGACAGCCACGAUGGAUCUCAUAACUUUGACUUUUAUCUGUCCAACGUCGGCAAGGACAACCCUCAGGGAAGCUUUGAAUGCAUCCACCAGUACAUAUCUAGCUCCGGAGUCCCCCAUCUGGCCUCCCUGGGGACAGUGCAGGACAAAAUCACCGUUUGUGCCACCAGCGAUUCCUACCAGGUGACCCGGGAGCGCAUGACGCAGGCAGAGGAGGACACUCGCAAACGAGGCACCAAGGUCAUCAAACCUGGAGGGCAGUUUAGAGGUAAAAAAGUUCAGAUUCGGAAGCCAGCCCCCUCCGCCCCUGACCCAGCUCCAGAGCGGAAACGCUCCACGCCCCUUAAUCCUGCCAGCACCAUCCGCAAGUGCCUUUCCAACAACCCGGUGUCACAGCGGCCGUACCGAGACCGAAUCAUCCACCUGCUGGCCCUGCGGUCCUAUAAGAAACUAGAGGUUCUGGCACGACUACAGAGAGACGGAGUCAGCCAGAAAGACCGCAACUCCCUGGGCAGCACUCUACAGCAGGUAGCUAAUCUCAACCCAAAGGACAACUCAUAUUCUCUGAAGGACUUCAUUUACCGCGAGGUCCAGCGGGAUUGGCCAGGAUACACGGAAGAUGAGCGGAGACAGCUGGACAUGACUCUAGCUAGGAAACUGGGUCUACCGUCUGAUUCUCUUUCCUCAAGUAGUCCUCCUAAAGAACCUGUUCCCACAUCCCCCCAGAAACGCCAGACUGAGUUUGACUUCAUUGAUCCUUUGAUGCCCAAGAAGCCCCGUAUCUCCCACCUGAAUAACCGGACCCCCCUUGGUUUCUCGGAGCGCCGCGCUCCCCACGAGGAGGAGAAGAGACAGGCGCCCCCAGUCACCGCUGCCUGUCCCGGGCCAUCCUCCCAGCCUCCCGUCUCUCAGCCCCCCUCCAGCUCCAACUCCAACUCCCCCAGCACGCCCGAGGGCCGGGGAACCCAGGACCUGCCUCUAGACCAGAGCUCCACCUACGGGUACCCAUCCGGACGCUACACCCCACACGCCCUCACACCUAGUCCCUCCGGGCAGCCUGCCCACACCCCAUCCACAGCCCUCACCUCCACCCUCCACACUUCGUCCGUCACGUCGCCGGCAACCAGCAGCAGUAGUAGCAAAAAACCCAAGAAAAAAUCCAAAAAGCACAAAGACAAGGAGAGAGACAGAGGUAAAGAAAGGGAGAGAGAGAGAGAGAGGCGCAGGGAGGAGCGCUCUGAGGAAGAGCGCCCCAGGAAGAGGCACCGCCCCGAGGCAGUGCAAACGCCAGCCACCACCACCACCACCACCCCCACCUCUGAUGAUGACGGCAAACACAGGCCAGUCAUCAGCACAGAUCUCUCCAGUCCUGUGGUGCCAGAUUACAUUGUUAAGUACACUGCUGUGGUGUCCAUGGACCAGAGGCAGCGUUAUAAGGAUUACUUUAACGCCGAGUAUGAUGAAUACCGCGUCCUUCACGCGCGCGUGGAGAGUAUUACCCGGCGUUUCACGCAGCUGGAAGCCCGCUGCAGACGGUUCUCACCUGGAACUGAGGAAUACCAGGAAGCCCACAAAGAGGUGCUGCAAGAGUACAAAAAAAUGAAACAGAACAACCCAAAUUACCAUGAGGAGAAACAGCGCUGUGAAUACCUGCACAACAAGCUUGCCCACAUUAAAAGGCUCAUCGCAGACUUUGACCAGCGGAGGGCGCAGUCCUGGCUUUAGUACGAGAGAGACGCAAACCCCUGCAGCCGAAGCACAUCCCUACUCAACCUGACACCCACAGAAAGGGAACGUGAGGGGAUCAAAGAGCCGUUCCCUCUCUUCUGCCCUCUUUCCCUUCCUUCUCUUCCUCUGCUGAAGUCACUGCUGCAUAUGCACCAUCCUUUCAUCCCCCCCCCCCCCCCAAUCUCUCUUUCUUUUUCCCCCUUUUCUGUUCCGAAGCUCCGUCUCCCCUGACCACUGGCUCUUAUGAGAAUCUCCUUCAACAAUAGCAAUGUGUAUCAAGGGGGAUGACGCUUUCUUUGCAAGCUUUUGAAGGACUUACAAAAAAAAAAGAAAAAAACAACAAAAAAAAACAACAAAAAAAAAA